UUCUCUCGACAGUCGACACUUUCAGCCAACCACAGCCGAACACCCUUCAGUGAAAAUGUCCAACGUUCAGCAGACCGGCAAGAAGCAGCGUUCGGCCAUCGCCGACGUGGUGACCCGCGAGUACACCAUCAACCUGCACAAGAGGACGCACGGUGUUUCCUUCAAGAAGCGUGCUCCUCGCGCUAUCAAGGAGAUCCGCGCCUUCGCUACCCGCUCCAUGGGUACCACCGAUGUCCGCCUCGACCCCCAGCUGAACAAGAAGGUCUGGGAAUCCGGUAUCAAGGGUGUUCCUUUCCGUCUCCGUGUCCGCAUCUCCCGCAAGCGUAACGACGAGGAGGGUGCCAAGGAGAAGCUCUACUCUUACGUCCAGGCCGUCAACGUCAAGGAGCCCAAGGGUCUCCACACCACCGUUGUCGAUGAGGAGUAAACGGGUGUCUUUUCUACCGGUUGAGUUGGUUGAUACAAAAAUGAAUUCAAAAAUACCUCUUCUGUGAUGGCAAUUUCUCUUUUUCCUUGUUCCUGGUUUUGUCUUUGUACUCCCGUAGAAACUCGCUCUCGUGACCCGACCCAUCGCACUCUGUCCUGGGGAUUACGUAGAUGUAUUUUGUGGCGGUAGCUUUUAGGAUGACCGUCCGUUCACAUCUAGUACCUAAUUUAUGGAAGUGAUUCAAUUAAUUCCAGGUGUUUUACG